CGUGUUGUGUACCAUCUUCGAAUUACUCGUGACAGACAGAUAGAAAUUGCAGCUUACCUUAAUAAUAUAACGACUGCCCUCUCUUCGAUCUGUCUUUCGUUUUUGUUAUUUAUUUAUUAUUGUACAUAUAUUUUCACCAUCAUAGUCUCUUGUUCCUCGGAUCCUUUAAACCGAAACCACAAAUCCACAUGCUAUAAUCAGAUAGAUCGCAGGGAUCUUGUUUAUUUUAUGUUGAGUUAUAAAAGGAAGGUUGGAGGUUUUGUUUCUGCUUUAUUUUGUAUAUCUGAGGGGGUGAAGAAGUAAAGAUGGUGAAGCUGACAAUGAUCGCGCGUGUUACUGAUGGACUUCCGCUAGCAGAGGGACUGGAUGAUGGUCGUGAUGUGAAAGAUGCUGAAAUGUACAAGCAGCAGGUCAAGGCACUUUUCAAGAACCUUGCAUCUGGCCACAAUGACGCAUCGAGGAUGUCCGUUGAAACUGGUCCUUAUGUUUUCCAUUAUAUCAUUGAAGGACGUGUUUGUUACCUUACUAUGUGUGACCGCUCUUAUCCUAAGAAACUUGCCUUUCAAUACCUGGAAGACCUUAAGAAUGAAUUUGAACGUGUCAAUGGGGCUCAAAUCGAAACUGCUGCUAGACCAUAUGCCUUCAUUAAAUUUGAUACUUUCAUACAGAAAACAAAGAAAUUGUAUCAGGACACCCGCACCCAGCGGAACGUUGCAAAGUUGAAUGAUGAGCUGUAUGAAGUCCACCAAAUAAUGACUCGCAAUGUGCAGGAAGUUUUGGGUGUUGGUGAAAAGCUGGACCAGGUCAGUCAAAUGUCAAGUCGGUUAACAUCAGAAUCUCGCAUAUAUGCUGAAAAGGCAAGAGAUUUGAAUCGACAGGCCUUAAUUCGAAAAUGGGCCCCUGUUGCUAUUGUGCUAGGAGUUGUCUUCCUCCUCUUUUGGGUUAAAACAAAGCUCUGGUGAUCCAAUGGCCUUCUGUGGUUUCUGAGAAAUGUUGCAUGUUUUUCCUGGGUUUCUCUGCGUUGCAGUCAGUUGCCUGUGUUCGUGGUACAAGUUCAAACUUCAGAGACUUCAUAUUGGGGACUGGACACGCACAUGAAGGCUUAAUGUUUCAAAGUGGACUCUAGUUUUUGCCCAUGGCGCGCUAGUUAAAAGGACUCUAGUUCUUUAUGUACACACCUGAACAAAAUAUGAAAUGUGAAAGAGAAACCCUUUAUCGUACAAUUAGGCAAGGAUCAAAAUAUAUUGGAUUAAAUUUGAGGAUUUUCCGAAUUCUCGACACUUUAUAGAGGCCUUAUAAAUAUCCAUAAUUCAUCAGUA